AUGGGUGCACCUUUAUCACCUGGAUCCUCUGUGUACCUGAGACAUAGGGAAAAGAACACAGACAGCUUUAAUAAUGAGCUUAACCAUACCAGAAGACUGAUUGGCAGUGUAAAGCAGGGACGGAGAUAUUUCCACAUACUACAUCAAGAAGAGGAGGCAAAAAAAAUAGAAGUACAAGAGAACCACCCACAGCUGCAUGAAAGGAACAAGACGGAGCCAAGGCCAUUCAGAGACUCGGAUAGGGAUAGUUCUGCAGAUGAAGAAGAAAUCAGUAUAUCAGCUCAUAAAACAAGGUUCUUUCUCACAGAACCUGAAGAGCAGCAGAAAAAACAGAAGAGAUCAAUGAGCCGUCCAUUUACUCCUAUGCACAACUGUCUCCUUUCCAAGCAUGUCCCUGAAGCAGACCCGGAAUCUCUCUUCCGUCAGCUCUGUGCCCUCCAUUGGCUCUUAGAAUCUUUAUCAGAGCAGUCUGGUCUCAUGCGACCUAUAUCCACCUGCUGGAAUAUAAGAGAUCCUGGUGGCUGUAAAACUUCAUUGAAAAGAAUCAAUAGAGAAAAAGAAGUAGAAAUGAAGUGGGAGCAGUUUAUAACACCGGGGAAGGGUAAAAGGCAAGGUCAGAGAUUUAUCCGCGGUCACUUACAACGAGCACGAAAAUUAUCAUUCCUCAGCAUCUCUCGCUUUAGUGGGCUUUCAUCAGCUGUCACACCAACCAUGGGCAGCGUCUCCUCCCUUUUACCAAGCUCAGAGGAGAUGCCAGCAUCCUCAGAUGGUCCUCAAGAUGGUGGGGAGGAUAUAGAAUCUACUGUUAAUAGUUCUGUUCACACUACGGGCAAAGUGAGCAAAGAUGAAGAGGAAGAACCUCUGUCUGAAUAUAUGCAGACCUUGCUGAAAAUGAUUGGUGCGAGUGUGAGUAAGGAAUUGGAUGAAGAAGAAAGUCAAUCCAAGUACAAGUUAAAAAGUGAUAUAUCUUCGUCUGAGAUCAAGGAAAGAGUGACAAAAGAUGAUCACGUUAUUCCCAAAAGCAUCACCCAGAGACCAAAAAGUUCCCCUGCUUCAGUGAUGUCUGCCACGAGCCUCUUCAUUAAGAAAAAAAGUAACAUGCCCUCAGAGAUGAGGGAGCUGUUCUUUGAGAUUGCUGAUGAAGCAGACAUGUACCUACAUGAUAAGGUGGAGGACAUGGAAAGGAGACGUCAAGAAUUCAACACCCAAAAAUAUCGAUCUCUGGAUGCAAUCAGCAAUUUUCGCCAAGAUAUGGAAAAAAUGAGAAAAGCUUACUGUCAAGUUAAAGAAAAGAAAGAUUACACGGACAUGAAAAACUGGUUUGUAGUUUUAAAGUCUAGGAUUCCAGAAGACAUAAAGAAUAACCAGAAGAUCAAAAAGAUUUUAGAAAAGCUUGAGAAGUUAGAAGAAAAGCAGUUUGUCAGAAUACGCCCCAACACCUUCCUGAAGGUGCUGGCUGGACUACGUCAUUGGGAACUGUGUUCUCCUGACAUAUCUGUGGCUAUAGAGUUUGUAAGGGAACAUUUGGUGCAGAUGCCAUUAGCGGAUUACACAGCUUGGCUCCAGACAAGACUUGCUUCUUCGUCAUCCAAUAGAGUCCAGAGUGCACCUCCACAGAGAUGACCACUGCAAGGCUGAAUAAUAAAAUUUGUCAUAGUCACAAAAUACAACACUACUUGUUAUCUUG